UCUCGCGAGGUUUGCGGCGGGGCCGGGCGCUGCCCCGUGCAAAUGGCGGCGCAGAGGCCGGCCCGCCUGGGCGCGCCGAGGUGAGGCCGGGGGAGGUGGGUGCCGCCGCCAUGGAGCACAUCACCACCCCGAAGGUUGAAAAUGUGAAAUUACUAGAUCGCUAUACAAAUAGGAAGGCAGCAAAUGGGACAUUAUACCUGACAGCUACACACCUUAUCUAUGUAGAUGCUUCUGCUGAAGUCAGGAAAGAAACAUGGAUUCUGCAUCACCAUAUUGCAACUAUAGAAAAAUUGCCUCUGACCACGGCUGGAUAUCCACUCCUUAUCCACUGCAAGAACUUCCAUGUGGCUCACUUUGUUAUUGGGCAGGAACGUGACUGUCACGAAGUGUAUACCUCAUUGCUUAAGCUUUCACAACCAGUGAAACCUGAAGAACUUUAUGCUUUCUCUUAUAAUCCUAAAACGUCUAAAGAGAACCGGGAGAUUGGAUGGAAGCUGAUCGAUUUAAAAGUAGAUUACCAGCGUAUGGGCAUUCCAAAUGACUAUUGGGAAAUAACGGAUGUUAAUAAAGACUAUGAGGUUUGCAACACAUAUCCUCCAGAAAUAGUGGUGCCUAGAGCUGCUAAUAAGGCAGUGGUGAUCGGAAGUUCAAGGUUCAGAAGCAGAGGGCGGAUUCCGGUGCUUUCUUACUUAUAUAAAGAAAACAAUGCUGCCAUAUGUCGUUGUAGCCAGCCUCUCUCCGGGUUCAGCGCGCGCUGUCUGGAGGAUGAACAAAUGCUGCAGGCGAUCAGAGAAGCCAACCCUGGGAGCCCCUUCAUGUAUGUUGUAGACACAAGGCCAAAGCUAAAUGCCAUGGCCAACCGAGCUGCUGGGAAGGGUUAUGAGAAUGAAGAUAAUUACGACAACAUUCGCUUUAAAUUUAUUGGCAUAGAAAACAUCCAUGUGAUGCGGAACAGCUUGCAGAAACUCCUGGAAGUGUGUGAAACAAAGUCCCCCUCCAUGAGCGAUUUCCUCACUGGGCUGGAGAACUCAGGUUGGUUACGGCACAUUAAGGCUGUGAUGGAUGCAGGUGUCUUUCUUGCCAAGGCUGUGAAAGAUGAAAAAGCUAGCGUGUUAGUCCACUGCUCUGACGGGUGGGAUCGCACGGCGCAGGUCUGCUCCCUGGCUAGCCUCCUCUUAGAUCCGUUUUAUAGGACCUUUAAAGGCUUCAUGGUUCUAAUAGAAAAGGAGUGGAUCGCAAUGGGCCACAAGUUCUCACACAGGUGCGGCCAUUUGGAUGGUGACCCCAAAGAAGUAUCCCCUGUCUUCACUCAGUUCAUUGAAUGUGUCUGGCAGCUCAUGCAGCAGUUCCCGUGCACGUUUGAGUUUAAUGAGCGUUUCCUUCUUGAAAUCCACGACCACGUCUACUCCUGCCAGUUUGGCAACUUCCUUGGGACCUGUCAUAAAGAGCGUGAGGAUCUGAAAAUCUUUGAGAAGACCCAUUCUCUGUGGCCUUUCCUCUUACAGAAGAAGCAGGAAUUGAGAAAUCCUUUGUACAGAGGAUUUACAGCUUACAAAGAGCUUCAACCAAACACGCUACCUUUCAGUUUCCAGUUUUGGUGUGGGAUGUACAAUCGCUUCGACAAAGGAAUGCAUCCAAAACAGUGUGUGUUGGAUCAUCUCCUAAGCUGCGUGAGCCAAAAGGUGAAACUGGAGGACAACGCAUCCGAACUGGAAAAUAAACUUCCUUUCCUUGAUGGUCCUUUGUCCAGCGAAGCUUGCUCCUUAUCCAAAGUAGGACGUGCUGCUUCAAAAACACCGAUGCUCAACACUCCUCAGGAUUAUGAAGUGGAACCACCUACUGCGUUGAGCAACGGUGCCUCAGCAGAGGAUAUAGAUGUGUCAGAUGGGGACCAAAAGCACAAAGAGAACCUGUCCCAUCACCAGGACCUCCACGAUCUUAAUGACACCGUUGCUGUUUUGGACUCCGAAGCUAAGGAUGGAAAGCCGCAGCAGCACCACUGAUCGGCCCCGAGAACUGUGUGUGACGAACCGGGCGCGUGCGGCGUGAGGGAGCUGUGCCCCCGCGAGGGUGCAGGCCACCUAACCAUUUACAGCUAAGCGUGGGUACGUGUGUUAGCAGGGAGCUGUGCUCGCUGUAGAGAAGACAGGCUGCAUUUGGUUUGGUUCGCAUCGUUUUGCAGCUAAAAUGAUGAAGAUGCACACAGAGCUGCCCAGAAGGCUACCUUGAGUUAGUGUAAACCUUAUUUUUCAGUGGAAACACGAUGUGUGUUUAAGCAUGGUGUGUAUUUAAGGUUUAUGACUGCCUGCCAGUACUGGUACUUCAAGCUGAAAGAAAUCUUGGCCAAUUGAUGCGGGGCUUAGGAGUUGUGCAGUAUUUAUAACUGGAGUAGGAAAGAUGCAAUCCAUUUAUUCUCAGUGGUGGUGCAAGGUCGUCUUAAAAUGAUAAAAAAUUUCAGUUCCUCUUAAAAUGAUAAAAAGUCUUAGCUGUGAAUGAAUCUCUGCAUGGACCCUCACCUUGUGCCAGAACUGAUUCAUUUUUUGUUUCCUAUGCAUAUUUGAUAAACAAAAACAAACCCCCCUGUGCCUUUUUGAGACCGUUUUAAUGUCUAGCCACGCAGUGUACUAUUUUUAUUACUGUAGCGUAGAGUGUAGUAUUUGGUCUUCUUUGUAGUCAGUAUUUUUAAACCAGGUUUUUUAUCUGCUGCCGGCUUCUCCAGGAUCUUUGCCGAUCCCCUGAGUUUAGUAGCUUCUUUCUAAGCUAACCUUUCGAAGAAAAAGCUUUUAUGGACCUCAUUUGCUGAUGGUGAGAGUGCAGCAAGCCACAAAGAGCGCCUGUGACAUGUGAAUUUUUGACAGAGGGUGGAUUAGAAAUAAGAAAAGAUAGGAAAAAAUUUACAUGGCAUUUUUCUCCUGUUUUACGAUCUUGGUUAAAUGGAAGCAAGAGAGUAAGUCUCUGUUCUAAGCUGGAAUCGAUGUGCUUUCCUCACAUCCAUCGAUGAGGCAGUAAUUAUAGAUGAGGUGUGUUCUAUUAUUGAAAUGGGGCCUAAAAUGAUUACUUCACAUCACCUGCUGAGUGAUUAUCGUGAAUGUUACCUUGGGUGUUAAACUUAGAUGAACCUUAGAGAUGUUUUGUCUGCACUGUCAGGAUGUGGGGAGAUGAACAGUACCUCUCAUGGCAGUCAGCUUUGCAAUUUUGUGAAGCUGGUGACAAAACCUAAGCUGGGAUGUGGCCCCUUAUUGGAGCAAGAAGUGGAUGUCUUGGCUUGUGGCUCUGGCUCCAGCUGGGAUUCCCUCCAGUCCUUGUUAACACUACUUGGUUUCUUUAAACUGCAGUUAUCUCAGCUGGAGAGGAGAGUUCAACAUUGCAGGUUUAAAAUGGAGAUGUAUAUCCCAUUCAUACAGAAGCCUUGUGAAGAAACAGGGGCUUGUCUCUCCAGGGAAAUGGGUGGCUCAGGAAGGCUGUUCUGCAGUACUUGUUCUGGACAAGCUUCUACAGAUGUGCUUAACUGCACAGAGAGUCCCUUUGUGCAGCUUAAUUCAAGAUGCUUUUCUACUUUCUUUUGGAUCCUGGUGUUUAAAUUAGAUGCUGCCAUUAGGUCUUAAAACCAGUUGUUGUCUCUUACCAAGCUUUGAAACAAACUGAAAAUAUUUUCUAAGCUGGCCCUCCCAAUCUACAAGAAAAAGUAAAAACAUUCCGUUAUAGCAUCGUAAAACGCAAUAGCUGUUCUUCAUAUGCUUAGAACCAAUGGUGAAGUGGCUUUGUUAGUUCCAGUGUUCAAGAUAAAGUAGAAAAGUAAAAAAAAACCUCUCCAGAGUGUCUCACUUCAGGUAACAAAAUACAUUUUUUUUUUUUUUUAAGCAUAUCAAAAGACCCAAGGAAAAAGGGCAAUACCUGAGAAAACAGAGUUUCUUCAGUGCCUAGAAUGGCAAAGAGAAACUCCUUUUAAUGUUGUAGGUUUUUCAGUCUUAAAGCAAGUAGUCAUUUUCAUGGUAGGAGUGAGAGAACUACAAUGUGCAAUGGAUUUAAAAACCAAGCACAUAAAAUACUAAACCAGAUCUGCUUAAGCAGAUGAUGUUCAAAAUUUGUUAUGUGGAUACAUACCAAAAAUGCUGCAUCAUGCAACAGCUAUGUAUUUCAGUUUGAAGGAUGCACAUUACUGAAUGCACUUCUUCUUAAUCUCAAGAUAAGUAUCUGCUGUUGAGCCUCUUUGCUCCUAAAUAGAGAUCUGCUAAGGUCCUAACAUUAAGUUGGAUAGUCUGCCAGCCUUCUGAGUUUUCCAUAUCUGCAUAUUCCUCAAGCGAAGAGGUUGCACCCUUAGUCUUGAUCCAGCUGCUGUAGAUCCCCAGGGUUCGGAAUCUGCUGUAGAUUUCCACUGGAGGGUGCUGGGGAGGUGAUUUCCCUUUGCCUCCUUAUAGUGUACAAGCUCAAUUUCACACGUGCACUUUGCAGUCUGGAGCCCGUUUCAUAUGGACUGAUUGAUCAACCCUGUAUGUUCUCUCCAGGUGGUAGAAGAGCGUAGUGGACAGUAUGCCUGGUUUCUUAAAGAGAGAACUCUGAAGUGGUGAAUGAGACCAAGACAGGCACUUUUUAGGACCAGUUAUUCUAGAUGUCACCAGUUCUUUUAAUAUUCCUCUAAUGAAAAUUAGAGAUGCAGAGUCAUAGGGAAUUUUGACUGACGACUGAAGGAUUUAGACAUAGCAUUGGUUAAUCUUUGUAUAAAAACAUUUUGUGGAAGGUUUCUAUAAAUGUUCACACGUUGCCUCGCCUUUUGAAUUACCAUAGAUUACCUUGUGUCGUGGUAUCAUCAUCUUUGCUUAUCCCUAAGACGUGAUGCUGACAUCUCCACAAAUCCUUCUUGACUCUACGAUAUUACUACAGGUGCACAUAACCAUGAAAAGAUUACUUCAUACACUGAAAGUAUUAGUAAGCUUUUAGUAAUCUUGCUGCUUUUGACUUCAGUAACAGAACAACGGAUGACUUUGUACUUUGAAAUGCAAAACCUAGCUGGAAAAAACAAAGGUAGUGGUCUGUCUGUUUAAACCUCUUGGAUUUAAUGUAUACAGACUUGGUCAAAGUCUGUAACAUAUUAAAAAUAAUUCAUGCUGGCGCUGUGAAUUUAUGGAGCUGGAAGAGAUUCCAGGGUUUCCUGGCUUUCCAUGAGAUUUUGCUUGAAAACGGAUUAGCUAGAAGCUUUUUAGUUUUGACGGUAACUCUUGUGUGUUUCAAGACCAAAAAUGAAAAGCUGUUCAAAGCACUGCCGCGCGUCCUCAGGUCUCUGGUCGGCUCGGACUGGCUUCCCAGAGCCGUGCAGAAAGCCUGCCUUCACUCGCUACGGAGCGCCCUGCUGACGGUGGUGAGUGACGUGAUCAUGUGUUCCCUAAAAGCGUUAAAGGAGAUCUAAAAGCUGUUACAUAGGAAGCUUCUUGUGUAAGCACUGUGUAGGUGAAAAGUUGCUGUAACUUCCGUGUUCCUAGUGGAGCAUCCAUGCCUUGUGAAGUCACAAAUACUGUUUUCUUUUAUUUGGAGCUGUUAACUGAACAAUACAACUUGCUGCUUUCCAUUUGGAUUCCUCUGACUGGGAGAACUGGGAGGGAGGACGGAUCCUAUUUGCUGCGGAUGGGUUCUGUUUGUGUAAAACUCUUCCUUUUCUGGAGCACCUGUGGCUUUACCAUGUUAUCCAUGGUAUCGUGGUUUCAUGCCUCUACAUAGUGUCCCCCUUGCUACAAACAGGUAUGGCACUGCACGUGCCUAUAAUGUUCUGUGUUAAAGCUACCGCUUUGAGGUAGAAGGAGGACCUGUCUAGCUUUAUUUCUCGGUUGAAAUGUCUUAAUGUGAACUUCACAAUGCUGGAUUCUUGUGUUUUGUUUUGCAGUGGUUGCCUGUGGUAGAGAAAAUCCAGUCAGUGCUCUUUGCUUUACAGCAAAAAAAGGGAAUCACUGGUUUGCCCAUAGAUGAUGUCGUUCUCAGUUGGCCCUCUUUCAUGGGAGAGGAAAAGCAGUUUGUUAAAGCCUGUAGGUAUAAUGUACUCCUAGCUGCAUAUUCUGUCCCUGCUAUUAGUGAAUGCCUUUCAUGUAAGUGCUUGGAAGAAAAAUCCACCUGCUGUGUGGGUGCUCGCUGGAACACGGAGCUACCCUGACUAGGAUGGAGAAGGAGGCUUGCUUGUAGGUAGCUGGUGGACUUCGGUUUGCUUCAGUAAGCUGCUCAGGUCCUGGAGAGGGAGGUUUGCUGGGAGCUGAAGGUGCGCCGAGCUUCCCAGGAUCUCUGCCUUGAGUGGGCUACAGGUGUAAAUCUCCAUGUUGGUGACGUGCCCUGUCUCUGUUCCCGUGGGGUUUGGAGACGGUGAGCCCUAGCAGGGGCUCAGAAAGGACCCCUGCAUCUAACAAAGCUGUAGCACCUGCAGGGAAGGUGUUUAAAAGAGCGCUUGUGCCAGGCGCUGCUUCAGUUCACUUUCUGGCAAAACUGGUCUUUGGGCAGCUUCGGUGCCUGACGGUUGCUCCCCCAAAGGGGUCCUUUCUUGGCACUAUUUAGUAAUGAAUAUUUGCGAGUGACCAAGGGAAUUCGCGCUGUGUCUGCUGUUUUGCUCUUCGCCCCUUCCCCGCCACUCUUCAUUGAGACCUGGGGUCAUUUUUUAAGUGGACCUACCACAGUUACUCCUUGUUUACAUGCUGUCCCUCUUGCACAUACAGGCACUUCCCAUGCCUCGGCACGGAGUGGGGGGAAGAACCUGUUCUGAAUGUAGUCGUUUUGUUUUAAUUAACACACAGCACUUGAUUAAUUAGAUGAGGAAUGUCUCGAACCAGGUGAUGUUAAAGUCCAUGUUUUCGUAAGCGGCUUUAGCACUGCGAGCAGCCAGGUCGGUGCCAAUUGCAGCUGGUGUAAUUUGUUCGGGCAAGUAUUUUGGUGAACAGCGCUGCGUCCUUGUGGCGUCUCUGAACUACGAAAGCAAUGCAGAAAGAGGGUAGGUUAAAAUGGCUCACCUAGAUCUCUUCUCACAUCACUUACCUGUGCGUUUGCGUCUGUAUUUAAAGUAGCAGCAUACUACUGGAAUAACUUGUAGCACUGGAUCUAGUCGGAUGUAACUGAGCACAUGUAUGUACUUUUCCUAUCAUCCAGAAACUGAUCUUUGUAGGAACGUACCUAAACUUGUGUGUAGUACUCGGCUGAAAACUGUGUUUUUGCUGUUUCUGUCAGUCAGUCGCUAUUUUUGUCAGUGUAACUGUUGAGUUGUAUAAAAUUGUGGACGGUGAAAUCCCAUAUUCUUGAAUGUGCUGCGAUGGCCGUAUACCCGUAAGUCAUUUUAGUUAAUGCACUGCUUAAAACGAAUUGUACCAUGUUUAGAGGAGCACUGUGUCUUUUUUUUUUUCUAAAUGUAUUUGUUCCAUGAAGUUUCACUUAUAUUACAGGAUUUUUUUUUUAUUCCCUACAAAAAUAAAUACCUUUUUAAAGUAAA